ACUUUGUAUUGGCUGCGGGGCUGUCGGCCUCUUUCUUCAUUUAUCUCUUAAAAACAACCAGCAGGAAUAAAAAGCAGCCUUUAGACUGCUUGUUGGAGGGAACUGAGGAAACUUUUCUUCCUGAAUAUCUAGCAAAUAUUCCCUGUAGAAAACAAAAUGAGUGACAUACUGGACGAGGGCUCUUUCAUGUUCACAUCGGAGUCCGUAGGAGAAGGACAUCCAGAUAAGAUUUGUGACCAGAUCAGCGAUGCCGUCCUGGACGCCCACCUGAAGCAGGACCCAGAUGCCAAAGUUGCCUGUGAGACGGUGUGUAAGACCGGCAUGGUGCUGCUCUGCGGGGAGAUCACCUCUCGGGCCAACGUGGACUACCAGAAGGUAGUGAGAGAAGCCAUCAAACACAUCGGCUACGACAACUCGGACAAAGGUUUUGACUAUAAGACGUGUAACGUGCUGGUGGCUCUGGAGCAGCAGAGUCCGGACAUUGCUCAGGGAGUUCACAUUGACAGAGAAGAGGAAGACAUGGGAGCUGGAGACCAGGGUCUGAUGUUCGGCUACGCCACAGAUGAGACCGAGGAGUGCAUGCCUCUCACCAUCGUCUUGGCCCACAGGCUUAACUCAAAGAUGGCUGAACUCAGACGUAGUGGAGCCAUCCCCUGGCUGCGUCCAGACUCUAAAACACAGGUGACCGUGCAUUAUGACCAGAAGAACGGAGCUGUGAUCCCCAGGAGAGUUCACACCAUCGUGAUCUCUGUCCAGCACGACGACUGCAUUUCUCUGGAGGAGCAGAAGAGAAUCCUCAAGGAGAAGGUGAUCAAAGCCGUGGUUCCUGCUAAGUAUUUGGAUGAUAAGACCAUCUACCACCUGCAGCCCAGCGGUCGCUUCGUCAUCGGAGGACCUCAGGGCGACGCUGGUGUGACAGGCAGGAAGAUCAUCGUGGACACGUACGGAGGGUGGGGCGCUCACGGUGGCGGAGCUUUCUCCGGCAAAGACUUCUCGAAGGUGGACCGAUCGGCUGCCUACGCUGCUCGCUGGGUGGCCAAGUCUCUAGUCAAAGCCAAACUGUGCAGGAGAGUUCUAGUUCAGGUGUCUUAUGCCAUCGGAGUGGCCCAACCUCUGUCCAUCUCCGUGUUCACCUACGGCUCAUCCAAGAAAACAGAGUCGGAGCUCCUCCAGAUCGUCAACAAGAACUUUGAUCUGCGGCCAGGAGUCAUCGUCAGGGAACUGAAUCUGAAGAGGCCGAUCUACCAGCAGACGGCCUCUUACGGUCACUUUGGUCGACCAGAGUUUACUUGGGAGAUGCCCAAAAAGCUUGUGUACUAAAUUCUUUCACCUGCUCGUCCUGUUUGACCCGAUCUAGAGGCUACAUGAGACUUUUCACUCUGAUAAGAACUGAUGAGGCAUUUUUUAAUAGGAAGAAGUAAAGCCACAAAAAGAAUAAUGAUAGGCUCAACUGGUUGAAGCAGUAGGACAUAUCACGUGAUGGGACAUAUCUCUCCAAUGAGUAGAGACACAUUGUGGAGGCAUCUCAGUAACCAGUCAACCUCCCCUCCUCAUUAUAUAACCAAUUAUUGGUAUAUGAUGAUCUAGAAUAUAAUUAUCUUAAGAUAAUCUACCGCACUACAAACAGUGUUUUACCUCAGAGCUGUGAGUGUGUGAAUAUUCAUUUACGUGACCAGUAUUCUGGUCUUUGACAACAGCAAGUAUUUCAGGAGUGACUUUUCUGUCAAUAUCAAAGCAAUUGUUGCGCCACCAAAGGCUUGGCUUGAGGUGACAGAUGAUACAUUUUAAAUAAUAAGAAUAACAUUAUUUUAGUUCAUUACAUCCCUGCAGCAUCAGAAGGGAACAAGACAUGGAUGUUAAAGGGGACAUCAGGCUGCUACAGUUGCAGGAUGCAGACCUACUGACCAUAACUGAUCACGUCAGGUUACCAGACUAUGAGACCAGUGGAGAUAUUUUAAUAAACACCACACCUGCUGAUUGAUAUUUACCGUCACCACACUGUAUUAUACAUUGCUGCACAUUAAAAGCCAAAAUAGAGGAUGCACACUGAGGAGCUUACCGUCUUGUGCUUGGCAUUUAUUGCCGUUUUUUCCAAUUUCACCAGAGGGGGAAAGUAUUGAACGAAGGUGGCCGCGCAUGCUCUUGCAUCCUCUUAGGACCACGCACAUCUCUUUCUCUGACUCGUAUUCACCUGAUUACAGUAACACUAAUCAUGACUGCAAAUAUACUUUUCUACGUUCAUUUUGUAAUUAGUGUUCUAGGAAGUUGUUACAAUCACGUUAUACAACAAAAAAUUGCCGUGCAGUCUAGUGUUGCUAUCUGGUCUUUAUUAAGUGCUUUAUUUCAAUAACAAGCUGCUUAUAUUUUUUGGUCGCUGAUUUGUAUCUUCUUUUUUUUGCCUGCAGGACUGUCAGUAGAUGUUGCUUAUUUUAACAAAUUACUUGUAGCUUCUUCUCUCUUUGCUCUCUGCAGUGGAUUACCAAACUGUAUGCUGUUGAGAAUAAAGCAUCUACAGCCCUGCAAAUGUCUUAGAAUUGCUGCAUUUGAACAAUGUUAUAAGCCUAUGUUGAAUAAAUAUCUGACAGAAUACCUUGGUUUAGAUGCAGAUAUACUUAUAUAUCUCGUAUGGGGUUAAAAGUUUUACUCAAUGUGUAUUGUUACGUUGCAGCUCCUUAUUGUAGAUUGAGAUCCUUCCACUUGGAUUUAGUGGAAGAAAUCGAGAACAAAGCAUUUAGAAAAUGUUAUUUUAAGUCAGCUUUCAAGAUUGCGUAAUUUAAAGUAUUUACUAAGAUUCUUACAUUCUGAAUGGAAGUGGGAUUGUGAGCAGUAUUCAUCUUAAAAUGUCAUGUCUGUGGGUGUUUAGGAAUUGUGGUGUAACAACCGGUGCAACAUUGUUUUUAUAAAAGAGGUUUUACUCUAUUUCAUGUGUUGAUCUUCUGUCAACUUUGUUGGCAGAGAAACCACAGUGUAAAUAAUUAAACAAUAAAGACAAUUAAAAAUG